AUGCCGUCCCAUGCUGGUCAUGUUUGCUCCUACAACUCCAAAGGCGGCGGCGACUGCAUGAUCAAAAGCGGUGGAAUCCUCAUCAAACGUCAAGACUUCUACCAAGAUGCACCACGAAAAUGGCCACAAGGCUUCGCCUUCCGCUGGCGUUUAACCGGCGCGAUCCAAAAUGUUGAUUAUAACAGUAUGGUCAGCGCCAUCGAACGAGCCUUCCAAAAGUGGACGAACGCAACAAAUCUAUUCACUUUCCAACAAGCUCCAAACGGUGGUCAUAACAUCGAAAUCAUGGUUGCAGGUCCGCAAGUCAACGAUCCUGAAUUUCCACCUCGUUCCGGUGGUGGCUAUACACUUGCGAACGGAUUGAUGGGACCGCAAGGUUAUGACAGUAACCCCACCGGACGUAUCAAGUUUAAUAAUACAUACUCCGGAACACCAAGUUGGAAUAUAGCAGCUAUUCAUAACGUAUUCGUUCAUGAAUUCGGUCACGUUUUGGGAUUGGGUCAUGUACCAAACGCUCCUAGCGCUCUUAUGUCCCCGAUUAUUCCGAACAUGCAACAGGAAAUCGGGUUGACGAACUUCGAUCUGAAUAAAUUCCACACCUUUUAUGCUGGGUAUGGGGGUACACCUAUGUAUCAGCAACCUACGAACCAACCUACGAACCAGUACCCUCAGCAGCCGCAGCAGCCUCAACAGAUUCCGCAGCAGCCUUCACAACCACAGCAGCCACAGCAGAGACCACAGCAGCCACAGCAGAGGCCACAGCAGGGAGAUCGUUCAAUUUGUGAUAACGCGCAUACGGAGUGCUGGAGGCAAAGACAGGCACAGGGUUUGGCAAGGGUUAAGAGGGGUAAUAAGCAAGUUAUCGUGAAGAGGCAGUAUAAUGAUCCUUGUAGACCUGAAUGGGAGCAGUGUAUGCGGGAGCAGGGCUUCAUUCAGAAGAGGAGGUAA